UCGUUUCCCGGGGAUUACUAUUUCUACAGAUCCUGUACAGUCAGUAGUCAGUUGCAGUGUAGUCAGUUUCAGUGUAUUAAUCGCAAAUCAUGAAUUAUACGCUGAACCAACAUUAUGAGGAGAAGGUGCGUCCUAGUAUUGACCUCAUCGACUCUCUACGCUCCCUUGGCGUAGAGAAGGACCUUGCGCUGCCAGCUAUCGCCGUGAUAGGGGACCAGAGUUCGGGAAAGAGCUCGGUGCUGGAGGCGCUGUCUGGGGUGGCUUUGCCAAGGGGUAGUGGUAUUGUAACACGAUGCCCUCUCGAGCUGAAGAUGAAGAGGAAGAAAGAAGGAGAGGAAUGGCACGGAAAAAUCAGCUACCAAGACCAUGAGGAGGAGAUUGAGGAUCCCUCUGAUGUGGAGAACAAAAUUCGGAAAGCCCAGGAUGAAAUGGCAGGUGUGGGGGUGGGUAUCAGUGAUGACCUCAUCAGCCUAGAGAUUGGCUCCCCUGACAUCCCAGACCUCACACUCAUCGACUUGCCAGGCAUCGCCCGGGUAGCUGUCAAGGGUCAACCUGAGAACAUUGGGGAACAGAUUAAGAUACUGAUACGGAAGUUCAUCACAAAGCAAGAAACAAUCAACUUGGUGGUUGUGCCAUGCAACGUUGACAUUGCAACCACAGAGGCUUUGAAGAUGGCACAAGAGGUGGACCCUCAAGGUGGAAGGACAUUAGGCAUCCUGACCAAGCCUGACCUGGUAGACAAAGGCACAGAGGAGACGGUGGUGGACAUAGUUCAUAAUGAGGUUAUCCACCUGAAAAAGGGCUACAUGAUAGUCAAGUGCAGGGGACAGAAAGAGAUCAUGGAGCGUGUCUCACUGACCGAGGCCACAGAGAGGGAGAAGGCUUUCUUCAAAGACCACGCUCAUCUCAGCACACUUUAUGAUGAGGGGCAUGCCACCAUCCCUAAACUGGCGGAGAAAUUAACUCUUGAACUAGUGCAACAUAUCGAGAAAUCCAUGCCUCGUCUAAAAGAGCAGAUUGAGGAAAAGCUGGAGGAGACACGCACCACUCUGGAGAAAUGUGGUACCGGACCCCCUGAAGACCCAAAAGAACGGCUGUAUUUUCUGAUCGAUAAAGUGACUUUGUUCACCCAGGAUGCCAUUAACCUGAGCACUGGGGAGGAGCUGAAAAGUGGAGACAUCAAUGUCUUCUCCACACUCAGAACAGAGUUCGGGAAAUGGAAGGCACACGUGGAUCGCUCUGGAAAGAACUUUAAAAAGAAGAUUGAAAAAGAAGUGGAUGAUUAUGAGAAGAAGUACCGUGGAAGGGAGCUGCCAGGGUUCAUCAACUACAAGACCUUUGAGGUGAUGGUGAAAGACCAGAUCAAACAACUGGAGGAACCAGCAGUCAAGAAACUGAAGGAGAUUUCAGAUGCUGCUAGGAAAGCGUUCAUACUGCUGGCUCAGAACAGCUUCACAGGUUUCCCUAUCCUUCUGAAAACAGCAAAGACUAAGAUCGAGACCAUCAAGCAGGAGAAGGAGUCUAUGGCUGAGUCCACGUUGAGGACUCAGUUCAAGAUGGAGCUGAUAGUGUACACACAGGACAGCACCUACAGCUCCAGCCUGAAGAAGAGGAAAAGGGAGGAGGAAGAAUUGGAGGAGGGAGAGUUAGUUAAAAAUCAUUUAGGGAGUCAGAAAGGGUUCUCUGUUGUCUCUGUAAGGAGUACUGUCAACGGCCUUGACACCCAUGCUACCCUACGGGAGAUGAUGCUGCACCUCAAGUCCUAUUAUCAUAUUGCCAGUCAGCGUCUGGCUGAUCAGAUUCCCAUGGUGAUCCGCUACCUGGUGCUGCAGGAGUUUGCUUCCCAGCUGCAGAGGGAGAUGCUUCAGACUCUGCAGGAGAAGGACAACAUUGAGCAGCUGCUGAAGGAGGACAUCGACAUCGGCAGCAAGAGGGCUGCACUGCAGAGCAAGCUCAAACGCCUGAAGAGGGCACGCAACUAUCUAGUGGAGUUCUAGUAUGGACAGCUGCUUGUUAACAUUUAGGAUGGUCUUGUCUAACUUCAGAUAGGUUGGUUAAUGGAGGUAGGCAUUGAGGUUUGGGGUAGAUUCUGUUAUCUAAGUUAUAAUAAAGUUACUAUGCAGUCAAGUUCUUUGUUAUCGUUUUUUGGAUUAUAAUAUUAAACUCAAAUGCAGCUAGCCUACCUGGUGGAGUGGAAAGCUGCCUGAUAGCAUUUCGGAACAGAGAAGGAAGUGCAAUCUUUUUAUUAAUAGGCAAUGUAUAAUUUAUUUCUGAUAUUUUCACUUGUGUUUUAUAGUUUAUAUUUCUGAAAAAAUAUGUUUAAUUAUUUAACGUGCUUCCUCUUUAUCAUGUUUGGAUGGGCCUGUGGGGAUCACAGAACAUCAACUUACCCACUGGGCAAAAACUGUUUGAAUCAACAUUGUUUCUACAUCAUUUCAGCCCUUGUGAAAAAAAUCCUAUAGGAUUAGUGAUUUUUUUCAAUAGAAUCUCGUCACCUCUAUCAGAAUCCUUUUAGAAUCCUAUUAGAAUCUAUUGGAAAUAAACAAGUAAUCAUAUUGGAUUCUAUAGGAUUCUCACAGUCCUAUAGGAUGUUGUGUCACCUGUAUUAGAAUUUACAUUUUACAUUUAAGUCAUUUAGCAGACGCUCUUAUCCAGAGCGACUUACAAAUUGGUGCAUUCAGAAUCCUAUUGGAAUUAUAUUGGACUGUUUUUUCCUAUUGGGAAUCAAAAGUAAUCCUAUCAGACCCUAUACAAUUAUUGCAGUCCUAUAUGAUUUUGUAUCACCUCUACCAGAAUCCUAUUGGAAUCCUAUAUUGGACUAGUUUUUUUCCCAUUGUUUUUUCUAACAAUACAAAACAUCCACAAACAAACAAAAACAUUCGGACUCACAAAUAUUCACAUCACCCCACUCACCUGUUCACACCCUCAUCUCCAGCGCCCACCUCAAAUGGCACCAUUUUGUUUCUCUCUGUCGCCCACACUCUUUCAACAUUUAGAUUACAAGUAUUUAGCUACACAUCUGCUAAACAUGUGACAAAUACAAUUUGAUUUGAUUAGAUAAUAAAGUAUUUGACCUUUCCAUAGUGUUAACGAUGCAGGAUUGAUUGUUUUUUCAGGAUAAUUGACAAGAACAGCAUCAUCCAACCAAUCGGGUAUCUCACAGAAACAUCAUAUGCCAUCUCUUGAUAUAUGGAGACAGAUGGAUUUUUUUAUAUUUUAAACCUGUCUGCAGAUGAAGAGGUCCCAACGAAUGUCCCAAUAUAAUAAGGGUACAUCAUUGUAUACCAUGGAUUAUACACGGAACAAAAAUAUAAACGCAACAUGUAAAGUGUUUGUUUCAUGAGCUGAAAUAAAAGAUCGCAGAAAU